AAUGGUGCCUAUACUUGAAGAAGGAACACGGAAUCUUGUAGAUUCUGCAAUUAAGAACUUGCAGGAGAAGCAAGGGGGACCCUUUUUUCAAUAAAUUUUCCCUCUUCUUUUUCUUUCCUAAUUUGGAAAAAUCUGCGCUCCUUUUUAUGUUUACAGUGAACCCAAAAAAGGCCUUUUCAAGUGGCAAGGAAGAACAGUUGUGGAGUGUUACAGUUUAGAGAAAGUAACGAUGUCCCAGAUCUCUCCAAUUCAAGCUCUUUACGAUCAGUGCAAGAAGGCGUGCACUCCUGUAGGAAUUCCUCCUUCUUCUCCAGUUAUCCAAAAUCUUUGCUCUCUUAUGGAUAAAACUAGUCCUGCUGAUGUAGGCCUCAGGGAGGACAACUCAGAUGAUGAUCGGUGCCAUGGUUUUUUGGGGCACAACUCGGAUGAUAAUUUCGACAUGAUAGCUCGAUGGGAUCAAUCCAUAAAGUACUUGGAAUUACAUGAAAAUGAGAGUUUUACUAUGUGCAUAUUCCGCAUGCCAAAGUCAACUGUCAUGCCACUCCAUGAUCAUCCAGGGAUGACUGUCUUGAGCAAACUUCUUUAUGGCUCCUUGAACGUGAAGGCCUAUGACUGGGUUGAACCAGCUUGUAUACAAAAUAGUAGGGGACCAGGGUACCGUCCAGUUAAAUUGGCAAAAUUGGUAGUGGACCAUGUUAGAAAUGCAUCGAGCGGCACCUCUGUCUUGUACCCCAAAUCUGGAGGUAAUAUCCAUUGUUUCAGUGCAGUAACCACAUGUGCAGCGUUUGACAUUCUCACACCUUCUUACCGAGAAGCCGCUGGCAGCACAUGUACCUUCUACCUUGAAUACCCUUAUUCCAGCUUCCCAAUAGCAGAUGGAGCAAGCAUAAUUGAUGGAAAGGAAGAAGACUAUGCAUGGCUCGAGGUGAUAGACACCCCAAAUUCUCUAUGUAUGCUCUGGGGUGAAUAUAAGGGGUUCACUAUUAAAGUUUAGCUCUCUCACUUGCUGACAGUGAUUGAAUUUGCUUCUGGUUUGGUAUUUUUUAUCCUGAAAAUGAAGAAAGUGGGUCCUGUUUGGGGACCUUAGGUUGAGAACUACAGCUUUGUGUGGCUUCGAGUCAUGAGAUUAAGCUACUGUCUGCAGUAUGUUGUUAAUAUAUGGUUUAAGCCUCCUUUCUUCACAA